GACGGGAGCGAAAAGAAUCAUAAUUCCAGUGAUGAUUGUUGUUCGUUGAGAAUGAAAACGGAAAACCUAGAGGAAGGAUAAAGACCGUUGAUUGUGGGAUUCAUAAUGGACGUGCUGUGAGAGCAUAAAUAUUGUAGGGGAUAAGGCACCAGAUACUUUCUCCUCUUAAAUAUCUAUGUCUUCGAAAUCGCGACGCUGCCUCGCCAGGGUUUGAAAUUCUCUCUGUCUUCUUUACACAAAGCCGAAGACUUCCUUUCUUCCAGUUCUCUCCUCCUGCUUCAAUGAGCGACCUUGCAAGUUGUCUAAAUCUCUUCAAUCUCCAUUUCAGUUCACCUUUAGGCUUUUUCACCUGAUUUCUUGGAUGGAUUUUCUUUGGUCGUAGAUCUGUUGAGAGAAGGAUAUUAUUUUGGACAGUAUUUGAGAAAGGAAUGCCAUGACAGAAAGUGUCAGGAAACGCAAUUCCAAGUGGGAUCUGAAAGCAGAAACCGAUCAAUCAACUGAAAUCAGACAAGAUAAUGUUUGGUCUAGUAAAGGAGGUGAUUCAAUUAUUGAUAAAGAAUUAAAACCAGGGUGGGGUUCUACAAAGGAUGCUGACAAUCAUGAUCCAAAAUGGUCUAAUGUUGAAGACAGAAAUUCCUCGAAACCUAAAGACAUUUCUGCAUGGUCAACUUGGGAACCCUUAUCUGGGAACAGAGGUUCAGAGAAGGAUGAUAUGAAUAGACUCAAUGGAGAAGAUACUAGUGAGAUUCCACAAACCAUGACGGGGUGGGGUGGGGAUCCAACUUACAGCUCAAAUAUGUCACCUGGUCUUGAUGCUUGGAGACAACAAAAUCGCAGCCACUCCCCCAAAAGUGGUCGGAGCAGGGCACACAGGAGUAGAAGUAGGAGCCCACCUUAUGGGUUCAAGCGUGAAGCAGAGGGUUGGGUUGACAGAAGUAGACGUGGAUCUGGAGUAUCAGCCCGGCCAUGUAAUGAUUUUGCUGCAGGGAGGUGCCGGAGAGGUAGUCACUGCAGGUUUCUUCAUCAGGAUAAGCAGGAUUAUGAGCAUAAAAGGCAUAUGGAAAGUGCUUCCUUAGAAAACUGGAGAGGUAGACGUGACGGUAAUAGACAUUCAGAGAGUGGUCCUGUUGAUAGCUUGGAAAGUAGGCAUGAGAAAGAAGGAUCUUUUAGGUCUGUAAACACUGAGGAAGCAAGGGAUGAUUCAUGGGAUAAGUUUCCCCAUGGAUAUCGGAGUCACUUGGAUGGAGACCGGGAGAAGCAUGAAUCCCAGAGGAACAAUAGAUCUACCAAUAUCUGCAAUGAUUUUCUGAGAGGUAGGUGUUACAGGGGAUCAUCAUGCAAGUAUGUCCAUGAUGGUACUUCAUCUGAUGAACAUGGUGGAUGGUCCACAAAAGGAAUGGCAAGAGAAAGAACCCAUGACAGGAAGGAUGCAUAUUCAUCCUUUGAUCAUGAACAUAGGCGUGAGGCCCGCAGAAAUAGUGAUAUUCCUUGCAAGUAUUUUGCAGCAGGCAAUUGCCGUAAUGGGGAGUAUUGCAGGUUCUCUCAUGAUGGUGCAGGGCAAUGCAGUCCUAAAGGCAGGCCUCAGGAAGAUAAGUGGAGCAAUGAUGUGGAUAAUGAGAUUAAACCAUGGGGAGGUUCACAGUGGAGUGAUGCAGUAGCUGUCUCUUCUGACAUUGCAAAAUCCAACCAGUGGAGAGCUGAGAACAGUGAUGAAAAAACAGUUAUUCCUGAACCAAUGACUUCUAACAGGUCUACAUAUGAUGGAUGGGGCCAUAAUUUGGAUAAUGAAAACAAAAUGUGGGGAGGUCCUAAGGUGAGUGAUAAAGAAACUGACAAGGGUGUACAAAAAUCCUCUAUGUGGAAUGAGGAUGAUGUUGCAAGAAUGGGUAAUCCAGAAUCUAGGGCUACUAAAAGGUCCACAGAUGAUAGGUGGGGUCUUAGUUUGGAUAAGAAGAGCAGGACAUGUGCUCCAACAUGGAAUGGUAAUGAAGCUGACAGGGAUGUACAUAAAUCCCCUCAGUGGAAUGAAAACAACAGUAGAAUUAUGAGCAUUUCUGAAUCAUGUGGUAACAGAAAAUCGCUUGAUGGUACAAAUGCAGUUGAUAGGGAGCGUUAUCUUUCUCAAACGUCACAAUCUCAAAUUGCAAAUGAGAUCAAUUUACCAUAUCAUGAACAAAAUGUGACUCAAGAUGUUUCACUGGGACAGCAGCAACUGCAGCAUGUGGCAGUAACCAUGCAGAAAGUGGUAUCUGAAAAUUCUUACAUUCAACAACAUCCCACCUCAAGAGGGGAUGCUGCUACUGCACUUCCCUGUAAAGAUAGCAAUAGAGUUGGAAACACUGUUAUGUCACAAAAUGAGGUUAUCUUCUCUGCAAAUAUUUUACCAAUGGUUUCUGUGCCUGGACAAAGCUUCAAUCAAAGUGGUCAGAGUAUAGGCACUCAACUUCAUUCAAACUUCAAUAUGAAUGGACAGAAUCAACAGAUACUCCUACCACAGCCUCCAAAUAGUCAUAACUUUAACCUGGGUGAUCAGUUACAACAAGAAGCCUCUGGACCUCCUUCAAACCCACAUUGCCAACCACCAUUUCAUCUGGGUGAAUCUAUCCAUAAACAGGGUAUAGCAGAUGCCCAAAUGUCCCAAGUAACCUCUGGAAUAUCGCUGACAAAUAAUGUAGUAACUAGUGAGCAGGUUGCUCAAAUAACAAAUCUUUCAGCAUCAUUGGCACAGAUAUUUGGAAGUGGACAGCAGCUUCCACAGAUUUAUGCUUCUCUAAACCCUUCAAAUGUGCCUUCCCACUCUACAGGAUCAGUUGCGCCAGUUACCAUCUUUCCCAAUCAGCAUGAUCAAACCAACUGGUCUCAAAAGCCAUAUGAUCCUAUAGGCGAUAGUGUUGAGUCCAAAAAGCAUGACAACGGUGACCGAGCCUUGAUGUUUUCAUCUAACCCUAUUGAGCAGAAAAACUCUGCAAUUGGAGAAUCACCAGCACCAUUGAAAAACAAUACUUCAUCUAUUACUGAUGGUCCCAACAGUGGUGAUACUUGUAAGAAUGGAAUUUUGGAGGAAAUACUUCAUCAUGGAAGUCAUGAAUUGAAACAGCAGCCAGUUGCUGAUUCUGAGACCAGGGAAACCAAUAAUCUCACAGUUGAGAAGAGCAAGAAAGAGCAAGAAAAUGAUCAUCAAGAGGAUGUGAAUGCAGAUGGUCAGGCUGAUGAAGAGGGUAAGCGAAAUAAGGAAGCGAAGGGGAUGCGCAUGUUCAAAUUCGCACUGGUUGAGUUUGUUAAGGAGAUUCUAAAGCCCACUUGGAAGGAAGGUCAAAUGAGCAAGGAAGCUCACAAGACCAUAGUAAAAAAAGUGGUGGAUAAAGUGACCAGUACCCUUCAAGGAGCUCAAGUUCCUCAGACACAAGAGAAAAUUGAUCAUUAUUUGUCAUAUUCUAAAGCUAAGCUUACUAAACUUGUACAGGCAUAUGUGGAAAAAUAUCUGAAGACUUAGACCAAGGUUGAAAUGUUCAUGUUCUUCUAUCUCCCUUUUUUUCUUUUCUGUUUCUUUUUAAUACCAAAUAUUAGAAGCUGUCAAAUCCUUUAAUCCAAUAUGGGAACCCUUGUACAUUUAGGUUUUAGCCUCUGUAUGUACUACAUACAGCUAUGGUUUUUGGUAUCUUUCCAGAUUUUCUCUUGAAUGGUGGUCCAGGUUAGCCAUGCGUUUCCCCAUGUAGAUAUAAUUUAGUCGGUGGAGAUUUUGACUAAUUUGAUGGGAAUGUUUUCAAAUCAUGUGCAUUCAUUAGUUCAAUAAAUUUGUGAACAUGUCAUGGGUUUUCAUUA